AUGAAGUCGCAGCAGCUGCCUCUGAGCAUACCCAGCCAGUGCGACGAGCUCUUUGGCAAGGCGAAGGCGAACCUGGGCAAAGUCUACAGUGAGAAUGUUUGCUAUGAUGCGUUCAUGUCGCCGCCGCUGAGUGCGACGACCGGCCCCAGCGAUCUGCAGGCGGCCAAAGUGAACGCUACUAACAGCUAUUUCACCUGUGAUGAAAUGCAAUUUCCGGACUUUUCGCACCUGUGCUUCGCCAGCGAAACGCCGAACUCGGCCUUCAGCGACUACAACACUUAUGCAGCUGCCGAGCAGGAUCGAGAUGACAUCGUGUGCGCCGUCUCGGAGCCAACUGGGAUGCCCUAUCAACAGGGUCAAUACACGCAGCUCAAUCGCGAGGAUGUCUUUCGCUUCGAGCCCGAGGACAUAGCGCGGCUGACAGUCGAUGGCGGCUCAGGUGGCGGCUACGCCGAGCUGAAUGGCCUCAUGCAGGUGCCACAGACGCCCUACACACCUUGCAGUGCGCCGAGUCAAGCAGUCAAUCAGGACAUCGACUACUUCAACUACGACGAGGUCAAUUGCCAGUCGAAAAAUCAAUCGCCCUGCUCUUCGCCCCACUUGGAUGCCUGGCUCAACUUCAAUCUCAGCGAGCUAACAACAACAACAACAACAACAACAACAACUCGGCAAACAUCGCCGAAAUUGUGCAACAUUUACGAGCAGCAAAUGCCGUCGAUCAAGCGCGAGGAACAAACUCAGAAAUUGCCCUCAAUGAACUCGACUUUCGGCACGCCCCAAUGCGCGCCCAUCUGCAACAAUUACGGCGACUACUCGAACCUGCUGCAAGACGAGGCGAUCUUUGAUUAUGCCAAAGAGUUCCCCACCGAAAACCUGGAACAUCAUAUUGAGAAACCCAACCGGGAACACAAAGUCAUAUGGACCAUCGAAGAGCUCGAUGAGCUGGUGCUCAGCGAACAGCAACAGCAACAGCAACAGCAGCAAUUAGUGAAGCCUGAACAGCCUAGCGAUGCGGAUGACGAGGACGACGAUGAUGCCGAAGACGCCGAGGCUGACAAAGAUGAGGACGAGGAUCUAGAUGAGGUCUUUGUCAUGCACAAGAAGUGCGAUCCGUUGGACGCCGAGCGAGAUGAGUCUGUGCCGUUGAUCUGUCGCUGGACCGACUGCAACAUGGAGUUCGCGCAGCAGCAUCUCUUCGUGGAGCACAUUGAGAAGUGCCACGUGGACGUGCGCAAGGGCGAGGACUUCUCCUGCUUCUGGCAGGACUGCUCCCGACGUUACAAGCCCUUCAACGCGCGCUACAAGCUGCUUAUCCACAUGCGGGUGCACAGCGGCGAGAAGCCCAACAAAUGUCCGUUUCCGGGCUGCAAUAAAGCGUUUUCACGUCUCGAAAAUUUGAAAAUUCAUCAACGCUCGCACACAGGUGAGCGGCCUUAUGGCUGUCAAUAUAAAGGUUGCCUUAAAGCGUUCAGCAAUAGCUCGGAUCGUGCGAAACAUCAAAGAACACACUACGAUACGAAGCCAUAUGCGUGCCAGCUGCCGGGCUGCACCAAGCGGUAUACGGAUCCCUCGAGCCUACGCAAGCACGUCAAGAAUCACGGACUAAUGCGGCGCAAGUCGGCGAGUGGAGCGGCCGGUGGCUGCAGCCGCAAGGCGGGCAAAGCGCGACGCAACUCGGAGUCGGCGCCCAGCGACACCGGCAACGCAAUCAAAUUCAACGAGCUGUCCAAUUGCAUUGUCAUCGUGGAGCAGACUCAAGGCGCAGCAACACCUGGCAGCUACUCGACGGCCACCUACGACAACUUCAGCUGCUACAUGAGCAAGGCCGUUGCUCCAGGUGAGACGGAAGCUGUUAACAGCUACGCCACAACCGCAGCCACAGCGAAUAAUAGCUACAAUGAAAAUCUGCAUAAAUUUAACGAGCUCGAGCAGCUGUUACCUGGCGAGCUGCAAAGCACAGGUGUUGCCUACGACGCGGCCGCCAACAAAGGCCAACUCAACGAAUUCGUAUCGUUCGAAUACGUGCGAAAGUAUCUAACAGACACCUUCGACCCACCCACUGCCAAGCGACCAAAGAGCCCGCCCACAAAUCCAUUAGACACUAAUCAAAUUGAAAACGAUUUCCAAAAUUAUGAUCUUCAGUUUAUAUAA